CUAUAGUUCAUACGGUGUAUCUCGAUUAAAUUAAUUGGGUUAUGUAACACUUUCAUUUCCUUAUGUGACGUUCCGCGCUAGAGAAAGUGGGUGGUUAUCGGCCGCAGGGCAGAUCAGAGAAACUAGAAAGAUGAACAUGGGAAAUGGAAUUGAGAGGAAGAGAGAGUACACACACACACACACAGCACACACACUCAGGUGUGUGUGUGGUGGAUACACGACGACUUGUGGGGUCGAUCGUUCACACUAGCGAGAGAAAGUCUCGUGCCACCACAACUCGCCAGUGUUUUGAAGGGACAGGCCGUGAAAUAGUCCAGUUCCCACUUUUGAUUCAUUUGGUUUUGCCUCCCAAAAGCAACUAAUAACUCGCCAUGUUGCUCCGUUUAGUGUUACUGACGUUGGCCAUCACAGUGAUUCAAGUGACAGCAAUUAAACAGCCACGAUCCAUACCCAAAUACACCGAAUGGCGACUACCCCGAUGGGUCUUACCUCGACACUACAAACUCCGUCUUUUGCCAUUUAUCGAAGAAGGUAAUUUCACUACCGCAGGCCAAGUGGACAUUCUUUUGGAAUGCAUGGAACCGACGCAGAUGAUUGUUCUUCACAUUGCCGACAUCAGGAUCGUUCAGGAUGAAGGUCUUCAGGUUCACGAUCUGGUUGAAUCCAGGCGAGUGCCUAUCCAGUCCUACAUCGAAGAUAAAACUCGACAACUGUUGGUUAUUGGGACCAAAAACGAGACGCUACAAGUGGGUAAAUAUUACAAGCUUUCAAUCCGGUUCAUCGGUCAACUCAACGACAAACUCAACGGCUUCUACCGGGCAUCGUACACGGAGAACGGAAUCAAAAAGUAUUUGGCUACGACUCAAUUCUCUCCGACAGACGCUAGAAGAGCGUUCCCGUGUUUCGACGAACCGGGACUGAAGGCCGUCUUCCAAAUCACGCUGGGCCGACUUAAAUCUCGCAAAGCUCACUCUAACAUGCCCAUAAAGCGAACUUAUCCAAAUGAGGAUUUACCGGAUUACGUAUGGGAUGAGUUUGACAAAACUUUACCCAUGUCUACUUACAUUUUGGCAUUUAUCGUCUCGGAAUUCGAAGGUUUGGAUUCGCCGGAAUUGGAAUUGCAGGAUCACACACAAUUCCGCACUUGGACAAGGCCGUCAGCUGGCAAACAAACAGAGUACGCUCGAAUCUUGGGCCCGAGGGUGUUGAGAUUUUUUGAAAAUUAUUUCAACAUCAGUUUUCCGCUUCCCAAGUUGGACAUGUUCGCCAUUCCGGAUUUCGUCGUUAGUGGCAUGGAGAACUGGGGGCUAAUCACCUACAGGGAAACCGCAUUGCUGUAUGAUCCAGUGCGGUCCUCCGGUGCCGAAAAGCAAAGAAUAGCCCAUGUCAUCGGCCACGAAUUGGCACAUCAAUGGUUUGGAAAUCUAGUAACAAUGGAUUUUUGGGAUGAUCUCUGGCUCAAAGAAGGUUUCGCUUCCUAUUUGAUGUACGUUGGAUUGGACGUGGUGGAGCCUAGUUUGCAAAUAGGUCAGCAGUUCACCAUUAGCGAAACCCAAAAAGUUUUCGAAGUCGAUUCCCUCAUGUCGUCGCACGCCAUGUCGUUUCCUGUCAAGAAAAGAAACGAGAUUAACGAGCUGUUUGACUCCAUUCCAUAUUCAAAAGGUCCUGCUGUCAUUCGAAUGUUUGCCGGCUUCAUUGGACAGAGCAAAUUCCAGCAUGGCCUCACUUUCUACCUGGAUAGCAAGAAAUAUCAGAGCGCUGUCAACGACGACCUUUGGAAGGCCAUGAGCAAUCAGUCCAUCGAGGCUCUAGAAUUACCAUCAGAUAUCACAACCAUUAUGAACAGUUGGUCCCUUCAAACUGGUUAUCCGAUUGUAACCGUUAGGAGAAACUACGAUUUCCAAUCGGCGAUUGUGACCCAGGAGCGAUUUUAUUUACUCGGGGAUCGAAAUUCAUCCGAUUUCCCGCUGUGGUGGAUUCCGCUCACUUACACCACCAAUUUCAACACAACUUUCCAGGCGUGGAUGAUGGGCACGGAAGACGGCAUCGAGCUCGAAUUGCCUUCAACCUCAACUGAAUGGGUCCUUUUCAAUGUCGAUCAAAUCGGUUACUAUCGCGUCAACUACGACGAAACCAACUGGAAACUGAUUAUCCAGCAGUUGCUUCAAGAUCACCGUGCCGUAUCGACUCUGAGUCGAUCUCAGUUGAUAGACGACAGUUUGAACAUCGCGCGCAUGGGUUCGCUUCCGUAUUCCGUCGCUCUCCAAUUGAGCAGUUACCUCCGGGCCGAAAGAGAUUUCGCUCCGUGGUAUUCCGCUUUGACGGUCUUCAACUAUUUGGAUAGCAUGCUUUACCACACGGCCAGCAAAGACAAAUUGCGGGAAUACAUCAAAUGGUUGAUUCUACCUACCUACGAGCAAAUUGGCUUUGAGGAGAGUAAAGGCGAUUCCCAGUUGGUUAUUCUGAAUCGCAAUCAAAUCAUCUCUUGGGCGUGUCGUCUCGGAGUGUCGGAAUGUGUCAACAACGCCACGUCGCUCUACAAGUUGUGGAUGGCUCAGCCUGACAACAGCAAUUGGGUCAACUCCAACUACAAAAAAGAAGUCGCCUGCGCUGCCAUUGCCAACAGUGGCGACGAGGAAUGGGACUUUGCCUUGGAGCGUUAUCUAUCCACCGACUUGUCCAGCGAAAAAGAAAUGCUCCUCAACGCUCUCAGCUGUUCAAACAGUCCGGAAGCUCUCAACACGUUACUCGAGUGGGCCUUGGAUGCCAAUUCCGGUAUCCGUCGCCAAGAUUCGUCCACCGUUUUCCGAUCCGUCUCGACAAAUCCAUUAGGAUCUUCAAUGGUUUUCGAAUUUGCCCUAUUGCAUUGGGACGAAAUGGUUAAAGCAUUCCCAAGUCUCAACAUUCUGGGGCGUUUAGUAGAGGCGAUAUCCAAGACGCUGGACAAUGAAACACAUCUAAAGAAUUUGGUGACGUUAAGCGAAGGAGGCAGAGGUGAUUUAGGUACUGCAACUCGGUCCGUCCAACAAGCGCUGGAGCGAACUCGGAUCAAUUUGGAAUGGAAAAAGCGACGUCUUCCUACUGUCACUAAAUUGCUGGACUCUUGGUUUCGAAAUCAAACCUUUAGCUGAAGACCCUGAUGAUGCCAUUUGGUUUUAAUCCAGAACGAUAUUCAAUUGUUUAUAUGGUAAACAAUUGUAUUGAUUUCCAAAGUUGUUCCCUUUUAUACCUCGACCAAAUAUCUGGGAAUUGUUCAAAGUUCAAUCAGAAUCCCUUUCGCUUACGUAAUAAACUAAUAAUCCACCCAAACGACAACAUACGAGCUAUCCCUUUACCUCUUAUUCAAUGUAUCGUAAAUUUACAUAUUUGUUCAAAUUCAAUAAAAGCUUUAAACUUUGA